AUGUUGCCGGUUGUGGUUCAAGAAGGUGAGGCACAUUAUCCAGAUUUUGUCCGUCAGCAAGUGGUCCUUGUAUCUCUCGUUCAGCAACAGUUUUCAGAUUUAUCGAAAUGGUUCCAAAUUGCACUUCUAUUUCUCCUCUCCAUUUUCAAACAAAUUUUCGGUCGUCAGGUUCAAAGUUCAAAAUUUUCACGCUCGGUCUUCGAUCCUACCAGCUUCCCACGUCCUUAUCAACACGCUACAGCCUACGGUGCCGGCAUGGUAUCGGCGCACGCGUGAGCGAUCGUGAACGAGAAAGAGUAUUGCCAAGUGUACAGAACUUUAGCCAUAUCUAAGGAUUUGUCAACUAUGCAACAGAAUUAAGGACGCUUCAGAUGUAAAAUAAAGUUGUCAUUUUACUUAGAUGCGUAUUAUUGAGCAGCAGAUACUAUAAUUUUUCACAUUUCAGAUGUAACUAAAAAAAAAGAAAGCAAACCAAAUAUGGUAUUCCUAGCGAUCAUUCAUCCAAAUAUCAACCCUGCCGGAUGCUUCUUAGCCCC